CCGAGCCCCAUUCCGCGAAACGCGCACGGGAGUUUUUAGGGUUUUUCUCCCCGCACGCCACCUCGCCCCUCCGCCCCGCACACGCAGACGCGGCCGCGUCCCACAAACCCCCAAAACGCCAACGCCAUCGCCACCCCUCUCCGCCUCGCCUCGGCCCGGCCCGGCUCCCUCCACCUCACCCGCCGCCGCCGCCGCGAUGCGGUCGACACCGGCCCCGCCGCCGCCGUGGCGGCCCCGGCGCAUCCAUUCCGCGCUCCCCCUGCUCCUGCUCGUCGCCGCGGCGCUGGCGGCGCGGGCGGGGGCCGACGACCUGGCGAGCGACGGGCGGGCGCUGCUGGCGUUCCGGGAUGCCGUGGGCCCGCGCCUGGCGUGGAACGCGUCGGACCCCGCGGGCGCCUGCUCGUGGACGGGGGUCACCUGCGAGAACGGCCGCGUGGCGGUGCUGCGCCUCCCCGGGGCAACGCUCUCGGGGGCGAUCCCGGCGGGAACGCUCGGGAACCUGACGGCGCUCCACACACUCAGCCUCCGCCUCAACGGGCUCUCCGGCGCGCUCCCGGACGACCUUGCCAACGCCGCCGCGCUCCGGAACGUCUUCCUCAACGGCAACAGGCUGUCCGGCGGGUUCCCGCGGGGGGUUCUCGGGAUACAGGGGCUCGUCAGGCUCGCGCUUGACGGGAACGACCUGUCCGGGCCCAUUCCGGCGGCGCUAGGCAACCUCACGCACCUCAGGACCCUGCUUCUCGAGAACAAUCGCUUCUCCGGCGAGAUUCCGGAUUUGAAGCAGCAGCUGCAGCAGUUCAAUGUCUCGUUCAACCAGCUGAACGGAUCUGUCCCGGCCGCACUCCGGUCACAGCCGCGCUCCGCGUUCCUGGGGACGGGCUUGUGCGGCGGUCCCUUGGGGCCUUGCCCUGGUGAGGUAUCCCCUUCCCCAGCUCCAGCGGGGCAGACUCCAUCGCCGACGCCGGUGCCCAGCGGCAGUGGCAGCGGCGGCAGUAACGGCGGCAGCAACGGUGGAAAUGGCGGAGAAAGUGGCCAUAAGAGCAAGAAGCUAUCUGGCGGCGCCAUUGCCGGAAUCGCCAUAGGCUCCGCCCUGGGAGCCGCGCUUCUCCUCUUUCUCCUCGUCUGCCUCUGUCGCAGGUCGGGGGGCACUAAGACGCAGUCUCUGGAGAUGCCACCCCCUUCUCCCACGCCUGCUGCUGUUGCCGGCGGUCGGAAACCACCCGAGAUGACCAGCGGCGCGGCUGUAGCCCCGUUGACCACAAUAGGCCACCCUAAUGCUCCUAUCGGCCAGUCGACAUCUGGUAAGAAGUUGGUCUUCUUUGGGUCAGCGGCCGCCGUGGCACCAUUCGACCUGGAGGACCUGCUGCGCGCGUCGGCUGAGGUGCUCGGAAAAGGAGCGUUUGGUACAACAUACAAGGCAGUGCUCGAGUCUGGGGCAACUGUGGCGGUGAAGCGGCUCAAGGACGUGACUCUAUCCGAGCCUGAGUUCCGUGAACGCAUUUCUGAGAUUGGUGAGCUUCAGCAUGAGUUCAUCGUGCCGCUCCGUGCCUACUACUACAGCAAAGAUGAGAAGCUACUUGUAUACGACUUCAUGCCCAUGGGUAGCCUUUCUGCAGUCCUGCACGGUAACAGAAGUUCUGGCCGUACACCACUAAACUGGGAUUUAAGGUCAAGUAUUGCCCUAGCUGCAGCCCGUGGUGUGGAGUACAUUCACUCAACAAGCUCGACAGCUUCCCACGGCAACAUCAAGUCAUCCAACGUCCUCCUCGGUAAAUCAUAUCAAGCACGUGUAUCAGACAACGGGCUUACCACUCUUGUUGCUCCAUCAUCUUCACCGUCUCGCACCACUGGAUACCGUGCGCCCGAGGUUACUGAUUCCCGGAGGGUUUCCCAGAAGGCAGAUGUUUACAGCUUCGGUGUUCUGUUGCUUGAGCUGCUCACAGGCAAGGCCCCUAGCCAGGCUGCUCUCAACGAUGAGGGUGUCGAUCUGCCCAGAUGGGUGCAGUCAGUUAAUCGCUCAGAGUGGAGUUCAGAGGUGUUUGAUAUGGAGCUCAUGAGACAUCAGAAUGGCGAGGAACAGAUGGCUCAGAUCCUCCAGCUUGCUAUAGACUGUGUAGCACAAGUCCCAGAGGCGCGCCCAUCAAUGGCACAUGUUGUUACGCGGAUAGAGGAUAUCAAGAAGUCAGGCGUGGCCUCAAACAUUGAAGAAGGUGAUGAUCAAUCUUCCAAGGCUGAAUCGGAGGUGCCCACCAACCCUUUCGCUCCUUGAUCUCAAUUGACUUGAGAGAGGAAUCGGCUAUAACUCUAGCCCGCAUUCAAUUGAUUCAUGCAUUGGAUGAAUCCUAUCUUCGACUGAGUCAGCUGUUUCUCAUCUUUUAGCCUAUUGAAUUUAACGGUUAACCUGAUUGUCAUUAAGUUGUGCGGGGUGCUUGCACGCUGUGCUGCAGAAGGUUGAUUGGCGUGUGUUUAGGGACCAGUUCUAAAGUGUGAUUGCUAAAUCACCGUGCUCAUUCUAGCCUUGAUUAGGUUGGUUUUAGCUUUGUAGCUGCUGCUGUCAUUCGUCUUAUCCAUGUGUAAUUACUCAGCCCCAUCUAGUGUUUGGAAUUUUUGCCGGAUUUUUUUUGA